AUUGGAGACGGGAGCCAACCAGGGCUGCAUUGGAGGUUGAAAUUGGGCAAAGAUUAGAUACCGAUUUAGACAGGUGUUCUUGAACACCACUAAAAACACAAUUCUGACAGUAUUUCAUGACAAUGGAUGGUGACAGUUCUACAACAGACGCUUCUCAAUUAGGAAUUUCUGCAGACUACAUUGGCGGAAGUCAUUAUGUUAUACAGCCUCAUGAUGAUACUGAGGAUGGCAUGAACAAUCACGAAGACACAAAUGGUUCAAAAGAAAGUUUCAGAGAACAGGAUAUAUAUCUUCCAAUUGCAAAUGUGGCAAGGAUAAUGAAAAACGCCAUACCUCAGAUGGGAAAGAUUGCAAAAGAUGCCAAAGAAUGUGUUCAAGAAUGUGUGAGUGAGUUCAUCAGCUUUAUAACAUCUGAGGCCAGUGAAAGAUGCCAUCAGGAGAAACGGAAGACAAUCAAUGGAGAAGAUAUUCUCUUUGCCAUGUCUACCUUAGGCUUUGACAAUUAUGUAGAACCUUUAAAACUAUACCUUCAGAAAUUCAGAGAGGCAAUGAAAGGAGAGAAAGGAAUCGGUGGAGCAGUCACAACCGCAGACGGACUAAGUGAAGAACUAACAGAGGAGGCCUUUACUAACCAGUUACCAGCUGGCUUAAUAACUGCAGAUGGCCAACAACAAAAUGUUAUGGUUUACACAACAUCAUAUCAACAGAUUUCUGGUGUUCAACAAAUUCAGUUUUCAUGAUCUGAAGAAAUGAUGGAGUGUGGAGUAUAGAGAAGCAAGUCUGCACGAUACCGAGGCUGAGACAGAAGGAAGGACUGGAAGGGUGUCUCUCUGUAUGUUAAAUAGCUGUAAUGUAGCUUCCUGAUGCUUGACUAAUUGAGGUGUUAAUUCUGACUUGAGAAUCUUUUUCA